UUUUAUGCAAAUGUGGGGCCAUUGUUAUUUUGAGGAAGUAAAGACCUUAGGUCACAGUUUAGCAUUUACCUGGAAUAGAUUUAACAAGAUAUAGGUCAGCUUUUUACGUUUACUUGCCAUUAAACUGUCUUUCGUAACGGCUUAUUUUUUGCACAAGUAUGGCUUCUCAAACCAACCGAAGACUAAAUGCUAACGAUAACAAAGAGUUGCGCGACCAACACCCUGCAGGAGACAUAGUCAUAUCAGGUAUGGCUGGACGCUUCCCCGAAUCCGACAACAUCUACCAAUACAGAGACAAUUUGGCGAACAAGGUGGAUAUAAUGACCGCCGAUGGAAGACGAUGGCCCGUCAACCAUCCGGAAAUACCCAGUCGAUCGGGAAAGAUUAACUUUAUCGAAAAAUUCGAUUCGGGUUUCUUCGGAAUACACAGCGCGCAAGUCGACACCAUGGAUCCCGUUGCUCGGAUACUACUCGAAAGGACGAUCGAGGCCAUCUUGGACGCCGGAUAUCGUCCCGAAGAGCUGAAGGGAACGCGGACCGGCGUUUUCGUCGCCAUAUGCGAGACGGAAACGGAAGAGAUUUUGUUUUACCCAAACUUGACGUCGCCUAAUUAUGGAGUGACUGGUUGCACCCGAUCAAUGCAUCCCAGCUGGAUAAGUCACGUCUUGCAUCUCGAAGGGCCGUGCGCUUCCAUCGAUAGUGCGUGCAGUAGUUCCUUAACCGCGAUCGAUCGGGCAUUUAAUGAGAUGAGAGCGGGGAAUUGUGACGCGGCAAUUGUCGCAGCUGGCCAUUUGACCUUGAAACCAAAGGUUGCACUACAGUUCGCCAGGCUGGGAGUACUGAGCAGUGAUGGCCGUUGCAAGUCGUUCGACGAAGCCGCCGAUGGUUACGCACGUACCGAGGCAGUUUCUGCAAUCUUUCUACAAAAUACAAACGAGGCUAGGCGCAUUUACGCCAGUAUCAUUAACGUAAAAACGGGCUCUGACGGAUACAAAGAGCUCGGAAUUACGCACCCUUCGGGAAUGGGUCAGAAAGUGUGUUUGGAUGACUUAUAUCGAGAAUGCGGCGUUCAACCGUCAACCGUAGAUUUCGUAGAAGCGCACGCUACCGGCACCAAGGUAGGAGACCCCGAGGAGUUGUACGCCGUGGACUCCGUAUUUUGCACCGGGCGUCAGGAGCUGCUCUAUGUGGGAUCUUGUAAGUCCAACAUUGGUCACGGAGAAACAACAUCUGGACUAUGUUCUAUUGUAAAGGUACUUUUGAGCAUGGAGGGGGACAUUCUUCUGCCAAACAUUCACUUUUCCAAAAGCAACAUCGAUGCGAUCGUAGAGGGUCGAAUGGCCGUCGUGACCGACGUGAUCCCGUGGCCGAAGGAACAGUCUGGUUUGGUGGCAAUUAGCAACUUUGGAAUUGGGGGAGCCAAUGCUCACAUUCUCUUGAAGCGUCACAAGAAGGUGAAGGUAAAUGGUGGAAUGCCAGAGGAUGACCUGCCAAGGCUAGUCUGCUUCAGUGGACGUACUGAGGAGGCCAUUGACACUUUUAUCGCGGAUUUAGAGCACAGGAAACUAGACGCGGAGUUUCUACGAUUGUUGCACGAAAUUUUUAGUAAACCAAUGGAUGCUCACUUACAUCGAGGAUUUGCAAUAGUGACGAAGUUGGGAAUUACGGAACGAUCGAAGAGUUGGAAUGACGGACGAAUGGUUCCACUUUCCUUGGUAUUUGGUGGCCCUAAUUCAGUACUGAUCAAUUACUGUCAUUCACUCCAGAAGUUUCCAAUCUACGCUCGAACCCUAAAGAGGAUCUUAACGGUAGUAAAUUCUUCCACACUUGAUCUGAGCAAGCUUUUGAAAAGCGAGUGGCAAGAUUCUCAGCCUGAUUUGGUACUAGCCACUGUACUGUGCCAGUUGAUUUUAGCGGAGUUUAUGAAGCGCCUGAAGUUGAGUGUGGAAAUUGUGGUCGGGUAUUCCACCGGCGAGGUUGCCGCAGGGUAUAUGACUGACUCGUUGAGCUUCAAAGAGGCAGUGGUGGUUGCUUACCACCUAAGCGAAUGUCUUAGAAGGUUCGACUACAACACCGACUUCGUUGGAUAUUUAAGAAAACCAGACAUGCGGACGGAAGUAACGGUCACCUACCUCAAACACCAGCUGGCUACAGACUUGGAGAAACGUUUGAAGUCACUUGUGCACUUUCCCAAGAAGCGAUCUUCCGAAUGGAUUUCGGCCCAUAACGUAUCAAACUGGGACUUCUCACCAGAGUUUUUAAUUUCCUCCAUGUUUACUCCCGUCCGAGAUCUCAAAUCAAAGCUUCGAUUUUUUGUUUUGCACGCAGAAGAAGACCUGUCCAUUAUUGGAGAUAUUUCGAUUGGUCCUCAGAUACGAAUGGCGCCAGACCAACAUUUCCUCAACACUCUGGGCAAACUUUACGAGUCUGGCUACUGCAUGAAACUUUCCGAAUUGUAUCCACAAGUUUCCUGGCCCGUAAGUGUGAAUACUCCAUCGAUUUCACCUUUAAUCCAAUGGAACUACGAGGACAAUUGGUUUGUGGCGUUCGGUAGCCUAAAUCGCAACGCGCAUAUGGGCGAACAGAGGGUUUUACUGCAAGUUAAAGAUAAAAAUUGGGAAUUUAUGAAUGGACACGUCAUUGACGGCAGAAAUUUGGUGCCGGCGACCGGGUAUUUGAAUAUGGUCUGGGAACACUAUCUGGCGAUGCUGCAGCGAGACUUGCUUGAUUUGCAUGUAAUUUUUGAAGAUGUGCGGUUUCACAGAGCGACGCAUUUAACUAAAGAAGACGUGGUAAAUCUAUGUGUGUCAAUUCAAAGGACAACUGGAGCUUUUGAGGUGGCCGAAAUAGGGCAAGUCAUCGUCAGCGGAAAAAUUCGCACAGUAAAAACGAGAGACUCGCAUGCGUUGGGCGUUGCCACUUCGAUCAAUUCCUCGCCCCAACAACAAUUGUCCAAAAACGAUUUUUACAAAGUACUGAAGAUGAGAGGUUACAACUACAGUGGAUUGUUUCGUGGUAUCGAAUCGUGCGACUUGGAUGGUCGGAAAGCUACGAUCGAAUGGGCCGAGAACUGGACGGCCUUCAUGGAUAACUUGUUGCAAGUCAAAAUACUGGAAAAGGACACGGAAAGUCUUUACGUCCCUAUCCACAUCGAACGGAUAAUGAUUCAUCCUGGUAUCCAUCAGGAAUUGGUGGCCAAUGGUAAACUACCGGUGUCUGUAUCAGGUGACGCCGAUACUGUUAGUUCUGGUGGCGUCGAAGUAAAAGGCCUAACAAUAAAUGCAAUUUCAAAACGAAAACUACUCUGUGAGCCAGUUUUAGAAGAAUAUAGGCUUGUACCAUACGAGGGACGUUUAGAUUUAACAGAAGCUCUAAGAGUGAACGCUCAGAUUAUUUUGGAGAAUACGACCAGAGACUGGUUCAAUUCUCUCGAAGUAAUGGACGAUGCUCAAGGGUUGGUGCCAAUCACACCAAUACUACAGCAAGCGUUAGAAGACGAGCCUUUAACACGGCCCCAUUUGGUUAUACUCUCCAAUCGAGAAUUUGAAUUCAAAAACAUCGAAGUGAAAGACCAGAAUCUUUUUGAGCAACCCAAUGAUCACGUGUUGGUGAUAAUAUCAAACGCUCUUCAACGCCCUCUGGUACUCAAAGAAUCAUUGACUGUGCUGAAAGAAGGUGGGUUUUUACUAUCGCGAGAAGAUGCCGACUAUCACCACAACCCAGAGAAUACACGAGACGUUGAUAUAAUAAGCGUCUACGGGACGGAAAUCGAAACCUUGGUUUUGCUCCGAAAGCAGACGCCGAGGUCUGAUCUGUCCAUUGUCGACUUAAGCAACGUGGAGAGCUCCGCGUGGUUGCCCAUUCUCCAAGCCGUGGUUCAAGAUGAUAACAAUAUCAUGUUGGUUGUUCAGGACGAUUCGAGUAGCGGAGUGAUGGGGCUUGCAAACUGUCUCAGAGAUGAACCCUACUCGUCAAAAAUACUUUGCACGUACAUUAUGGACGAAGCACCCGCCUUUGAUCCGAAUGACCAGUUCUACGCCAAUCAGCUGAAGAAGAAGUUGACAAUGAACGUGUAUAAGGAUGGAAAGUGGGGCACUUACCGCCAUCUACUGCUUAAAAAUUCUAAGUUGGUGCAACGCGAGCAUGUGUUCACUCGGGCAUUUACCACCGGGGACCUUUCCAGUUUGAAAUGGGCCGAGGGGCCGCUAAAAACCGACGACAUAGUUCCCCUAGAAGAACGGUUGGUUAAAAUUCAUUAUGCCGCCAUUAAUUUCAAGGACAUAAUGAGUGCGUCUGGACGUCUCAAGGCUGACUUCACUGUAACGGGUCGCCUGCAGCAGCAAACUCUGCAAGGCGUAGAAUUUUCUGGACAAUUAGUCACCGGUCAAACUGUGAUGGGUGUGGUAAGAUCAGGUGCACUAUCCACCAUGGUGUUAACUAAUGCCUCUCUGGUGUUGCCGGUACCAGAAGGUUGGUCCGUAGAGGAGGCUGCUACUGCAAAUGUAACUUACAUCACCGUUCUUAUGGGUUUGGAAGAUGAAGCUCGCAUAAAAAACGGGCAAAGCAUUUUGAUUCAUUCUGCAACCGGGGGCGUCGGACUAUCGGCCCUGAACGUGGCCCUCUAUUACGAAUGCGAAAUUUUCGUAACCGUCGGCACGCAAGAGAAACGCGACUACAUUCGACAAAACUUUCCCCAGAUACCAGAUAACCACAUCGGUAACUCGCGCGACACCUCGUUCGAAUACAUGAUCUUAAAGGCGACGAAGGGACGCGGUGUCGACGUGGUGCUCAACUCCUUGUCGGAAGAUAAACUCACAACAUCUCUCCGGUGUUUAGCUCGCGGAGGAAGAUUUAUAGAGAUUGGCAAAUUUGAUAUGCAAACUAACAAUAAGUUCAGGUACGAGGUGCUCGCCAAGGGUUGCAGUGUUCGUAGUGUAAUUCUGGACAAGUUUCUCGAUGAAACUCCAUCGCGACAAAAGCCUGUCCUGGAUUUGCUACUGAAAGGUCUAGAUAAAGGCAUUGUAAAGCCCUUACCUCGCACGGUGUUCGAAGUGGAAGACAUCGAACAAGCUUUCCGGUUCAUGAGCAGCGGCAAGCACAUUGGAAAAGUUCUUGUAAAAAUCAAUGAGGAGGGGCAGUCCCCUUUGCUUUACGGAAUCCCACGGUUCUACGGUAGUGCCCAUCACUGCACGAUAAUAGUCGGUGGGUUGGGAGGGUUUGGUUUGGAGUUGGCCGACUGGUUGGUGCUCAGAGGAGUGAGAAAGUUAAUUUUGGUAUCCAGAUCUGGUGUAAGAAAUGGCUACCAAGCAGCAAAGAUAGCGAGCUGGAAGGGGUACGGUGUAACUGUUUUGGUUUCCACAGAGGACGCCGCCACAAGGGAUGGGUGUGUAGAGCUGUUAAAGACAGGAAAUCAGCUAGGCCCGGUUGAGUCAAUAUUUAACCUAGCACUUAUCCUGAGGGAUGCUAUUUUCGAGAAUCAGUCAGUGGAAAAGUUUGAAGCCGUCUUUCGUCCAAAGGUACACGUGACCAAAUUAAUGGAUGAGCUAUCGAGGAAAAUGUGUCCAGAGUUAAGGCAGUUUGUUGUGUUUUCAUCGGUGGCGUGUGGAAGAGGUAACGCUGGGCAGACUAAUUACGGUAUGGCAAAUUCGAUUAUGGAGAGGAUAUGCGAGAAGAGAAAGAAAGAAGGGUAUCCAGGGUUAGCGAUCCAGUGGGGAGCGGUUGGAGAGGUGGGAUAUGUGGCUGAUAAGAAUCCAGAGAUUGAAGUUCGAGGAACAUUGCAACAAAGGAUUUCGUCUUGCUUAGGAGUUUUGGACAAUUUUUUGACUCAAGACGAGCCUGUGGUUUCGAGUAUUGUAAUCGCUCAAAAAAAUGAAGACGGCAUUGGUUCGCCGAAAAUCGUUGAUACUGUCAUGAACAUAAUGGGCGUAACGGAUCUAAAACUUGUCGGGAUUCAUAUCUCAUUCUCACAAAUGGGUAUGGACUCAAUCAUGGCUGUGGAAAUUAAGCAAACCAUAGAACGUGAACUUAAUAUCAAUAUCAGCGCUCGAGAUCUACGUCAACUGACUUUUGCCAAAUUACAAGAAAUGACAAAUGAAAAAUCGUCGGUGGACGAACCCUCCUCCGUUAGUGCAAGUCCAUUUGAAGACUUCUAUCUCUUUACUCCAAACGAAGACCUAGAUGAAAAUCCUCCUAUUGUCAGAAUGAAAAGCUUGGUGUGCGAGACUGAGACUGCACCCAGCGUCUUUCUGCUUCCUGGAAUAAACGGCACUUCUGCAAUGCUAGAAACGUUAGCUGCAAAUUUAAGCUAUCACGUAUAUUGCUUACAAUACGACGACAAUACCCACACCAUUGAGGGACUGUCAGAAAACAUGCUUCACGUCAUCUUGGACUUCGUUUCCCAUCAAGCUCCAUUUACAGUUAUUGCGCACUCAUUCGGCUGCACCGUUGCGUUACAAAUGGUCUCUCUUCUAGAAAGAAAAGGCUACAAAGGACAGCUGUUUCUGAUCGAUGGGUCUCACAACACCGCCAGAAGAGUACUAACUGGCUACUUGCCAAACGUGGACGACGAAAACUUAUUUCAGAGUUACGUUCUUACAGGUUUAGCAAAGGCAUCUAUUCCUUUUGGCAAUUUAAUGAGUGUCGUGAAUAAUCUCCUUCAGUGUGAUGAUUUAGAGAACCGAAUUGAUUUACUACUAAAGCUUUCGUCAGCCAGUAUAGAUGAAGUGAGUAAUCGUCGAAAGAGGCUUUUAAUGAAUUAUGAACGCAUUAAAAGCGGCGUUUGGUAUGAUCCCAAAUUCGAAAAGAUAAAAUCGGCGGUGACCUUUAUUAAUCCGACCCAGUCAGCCUUAAGAGAAACUGUCCAAGGAUACGAUCUCGAGGAUCUUUGCGAAAAUCCGAUUUCCGUUCAAACAUUUCAAGGUAAUCAUUUAACAAUUUUGAGAAAUAUCAAAAUGGCCGAGGCAAUUAAUCAGCUAAUUACGGAGUACAGUAACAGUGCGGUGUAAAAUUAGAUGGAGUAUGUGUUUUAUUGUAUAUAGUGACAUGUAACAUAUUUAGCUAUCUGCAUUCGUAGAAAUAUACGCUAUUGGAUAUGCAUCAUUCUGCUUUCAUCAUAAUAUGUCGCACAGUAACAUCUUGCAGCGUGCACCUAUUCAUGUUAUGUGCAACAACUUUAAUUUAAGAUGUGUAGGCUGUGACAUACAUUUUUGUAGAUUAAAAUGCAUUCUUAGUUAUAUAAGGGAUGAAUAUUUUAAUUUAAUUCGCGUUUUCAUUCUGUUUUUUGUUUUUUGCAUCUUUAUAACUUUAUAUCGGAUUCACUGAUGCAGUUUUCCUAAUUCGUAAAGUA